CAUAGAGUAGGACUAACUUUUUACUCUAUUGUUUGUGGUCUUACGUGAGCCGAUUUAAAUGCCGUAUUCGUUUUUCAUAGUUUUCGCGUGAUAAUAAACAUAGUUAGACUGUGAAAAAACAAAUAAGCACCUAAUAAUUGUAAGAUAUGGCUGCACAGCUUUUCAAUCGUGUUGGUCAAGUGGGUCUAGGCGUAGCCCUAGUUGGUGGAGUUGUUAACUCAGCUUUAUAUAAUGUGGAUGGAGGCCAUCGAGCAGUAAUAUUUGACAGAUUUGCUGGUGUCAAAAACUUAGUUGUUGGUGAAGGAACCCACUUCUUCAUUCCAUGGGUUCAGAAGCCCAUUAUGUUUGACAUCAGAUCUAGACCUCGGAAUGUGCCUACAGUAACAGGAAGUAAAGAUCUUCAAAAUGUAAACAUCACACUGCGUAUCCUGUUCAGACCAGUGCCAGAUCAGCUGCCAAGAAUCUACACAAUCCUUGGUAUCGACUAUGAUGAGAGAGUGCUGCCAUCUAUCACAGCUGAAGUGCUAAAAGCUGUGGUUGCACAGUUUGAUGCUGGAGAACUGAUUACACAGAGAGAAAUUGUUUCACAAAAGGUUAGCGAGGGCUUGACUGAAAGAGCUGGCCAGUUUGGAUUAAUAUUAGAUGACAUUUCAAUCACACAUUUAACUUUCGGCAAGGAAUUCACGCAAGCUGUUGAAUUAAAACAAGUGGCACAGCAGGAUGCUGAAAAGGCUAGAUUCCUUGUAGAAAAGGCUGAACAACAGAAGAAAGCUGCCAUUAUUACUGCCGAGGGUGAUGCCCAAGCAGCUGUGCUGCUCGCAAAAUCGUUCGGAGCAGCCGGUGAAGGUCUGGUGGAGCUGAGACGUAUUGAGGCCGCGGAAGACAUUGCAUACCAGCUAUCGAAAUCACGAAAUGUAACUUACCUUCCCCAAGGCCAAAAUGUUCUCUUAAACCUUCCAACACAAAACUGAUGCCCCUAAGAUAUAAAUUAUAAUAUGUAUGUGUAAUUAUUGAUGGUAGAUUUAAAAUAAGAUAAUGAUUAAUAUUAAUGUGCAUUUGGUGAAUGUUGCAUUUUGAAGACUAUUGGUAAUAUUGUUCCAACAAAAUUGUAGUCAGAUUAGCUUUAUAACAUUAUGCAAUAAACUUUGCAUUGUUAAA